AUGUGGGAACAGAAAGCCAGCAAGAGGUACAGUGACAUGAUGAGUGACUACAAGAGGAAUCUCAAGGCUAGUACCGAUGAAGGUCGGGAGAUAGAUAGACCACUCUGGAUGUCUGCCGAAUUCUGGACAGAACUCCAGGCAUACUGGAGUCAGGAGGCUGUUCAGGCCGUUUCCCAGCGAGCACGUGCGAUCCGGAUGUCUGAGCCCGAUGGACCCGGUACAGGGAUCAAUAGGCACAGCUUGGAGAUUAGACUCCCCCCGGCUGCACAGAACUAUAGCACCUUCCUCCGCCUCCGCAUGCGCGAGGAUGGAACUUUUCUGUCACCGAGGGAUGAGAGACUAGAUGUGGAGAUUCGUCGCAUUGCUGUUGAGACUGGGCGAGAGGAUCGGCUGCCUGAGAUCUACUUGGAGGUCGUACGGCCCGACAGGUCCCGGCUCUACGGCACUGGAAGUGCCGGUAGGAGCCAGGUUAGUAGGGGGUCUUCUCAAAGCACAGACACUUCCAUGAUGUCUCAGCAGCUGUAUGAGACACGGAUCUCCACGCUGGAAGAGCGCCUUCAGGCCGAACAAGCAGCGCGUGAGGCCGAACGAGAGGCUUCUCGAGCAGAACGUGAGGCCCUCGAGCAGCGUAUGGCUCAAUUCGAGGAGUUCAUGAGGUGGUCACGUCAGCUACCUUGAGCAGCACUUCAUGUUUUGGAACUAUUAAUUUCAUGUUUUGGACUAUUUAAUUCAUGUUUUGGAACUAUUUGUUUGAACUAUGUUUAGGAACAAAAUUACACUUGCACUUUUUUUUUACAUUUAUGUUAUGUUGAGCAACUAUUAAUUUCAUGUUUUCAAACAACAUUACAAUUACUUCGUAACAAAGUAAUAAAUUCAAAUUACUUAUCUUAUAACAAA